AGAAUGAUCGCAGAGGCAGUGGCGGCCCAACUCAAACGGACACCAGUCGAGCAACCAAGAGUCGAGCAGCCCAGGGUCGAACAAGCGAGGGUUGAACAACUCCAAAACGAACAGCAGCCCCCUGAGCGCGAACAGCAGGCGCAAUCGCAUGAGAGGCAAAACAGGAGGAUAGACGAGGAGGAGCCCUCUGUCAGAACCGUCAAUCCCCAAGCCAGAAACGACACACUGGAACAGCUGUUAGCGCAGGUCCGAGAUUUGCAGGCUCGGGUCGAAGGAAGAAAGACGGGAAGCUCAAGGGGACACCCUUUUUCACAACAUAUUCUAGAUGCCGACCUGCCUCAAGGCUUCAGGGAGCUUAAUAUCUGGUAUAAUGGGUCGAUUGAUCCCUCCCGACAUCUUAGAAGCUUCGAAAACAUGGCAAGGAGCAAAAGCCCUCGAAAGAGGGCGAGAACACCCGAUAAAGAAGAGCUUCCCCAAAAAAGAGGAGUAAUUCAUAUGAUAUUCGGGGGACCAACUGAUGGCGAUUCAAACCGAGCUAGAAAAGCAUAUGCUCGAGGGCAUCAUGGAAAAACCGAAGUGCAGCAGGUCGAAGAAGAUAGUCCGGUGAUGAAUUUCGGACCAGCCGACAUGGGGACAGUCGAGAGGCCUCAUAACGAUGCCUUGAUGAUCACAGCCCAGAUAUCGGGCUACGAAGUCCAGAGAAUCUUCGUCGACACAGGAAGCUCGGUGAAUGUGAUCUUUUUCGAUUGCCUUAAACGCAUGGAACUCGACAUUGAACUCUCACCUCUUCACACUUCACUUUUUGGAUUUAAUGGCUCGGAAGUCGCCCUCCUGGGGGAAACUACUCUCGCUGUCGUCCUUGGGGAAGGCGACUUAAGGAAGGUAAAAAUGGUACGCUUUGUUGUGGUCGACGUCGAGUCGGCUUAUAAUGUGAUUCUGGGAAGGCCGGCACUCAACGCAUUCCAAGCGGUGGUGUCAACCUAUCAUAUGAAGCUGAAAUUCCCAGUCGGAAAUAGGGUAGGAGAGGCCCGAGGUGACCAGAGGCUGUCAAGAACCUGCUAUCAAAUUGCAGUAAGAACAAAUCAACGGACGGAGGGGAAGGAAGGAAAAAAGCCGAUGAUGAGCGAAAAAAGGCUAAGGAAUUCUGAUCUCGAACCCCACGGGGAGUUAAUGGAAAUACAAAUCGGAGAAACAAAGGAGCAGACCACUAAGGUCGGGAAAGAUUUGGGAGCCGAGCUACGAAACCAGCUGAUUGCACUAUUAAGGGAAUUCAGGGAUGUCUUUGCCUUCACCCCUGAAGAGUUGACAGGGAUCGACCCCGCUGUUAUGGAGCAUAAACUCAAUGUCGACCCCCUCAAAAAACCAGUAAAACAACGACUUAGACGUCAUGGGGAAGAGAUCGACAAAGCAAUUGAAGUCGAGGUGGAUAAGUUGCUGCGGGCAGGGCAUGUCAAAGAAAUCCAAUUCCCCGAAUGGAUAUCCAACACUGUGAUGGUAAGAAAGGCACUAAACAAAUGGCGCAUGUGCAUCGAUUUCCGGGACUUGAACUUGGCCUGCCCAAAGGAUCAUUACCCUUUACCACGAAUUGAUCAGCUUGUCGACUCUACGGCUGGUUGCGAGUUAUUGAGUAUGAUGGAUGCAUCUCAGGGAUACCAUCAGAUCCCGUUAUGCCCAGAGGACCAAAGUAAGGUGAGCUUCGUGACGAGUAAGGGGACGUAUUGCUAUGUUGUCAUGCCUUUUGGGCUUAAGAAUGCAGGAGCCACCUACCAGCGGCUGAUGGACCGAAUGUUCAAAUCUCAGAUCGGACGAAAUAUCGAGGUAUAUGUGGACGACAUCUUGGUAAAAAGUAAAGUCUCAGCCUCGCACCCGGACGACUUAAGGGAAACAUUUCAAACUCUUAGGACGUUCGGGAUGAAGCUGAACCCCAACAAGUGUGCCUUUGGAGUAAAGGCAGGGCGAUUCCUGGGAUAUGUCGUCACAGAGCAUGGAAUCGAGGUAAAUCGGGAAAAAGUGAAGGCCAUACUUGACAUGGCCCCACCAAGAAGCAUACGAGAUGUGCAAGUUUUGACGGGACGGAUUGCAGGACUGAGCAGGUUCAUUGCUCGGGCCGCAGAAAAAAGCUUCCCAUUCUUCAAAUUGUUGAAAAAGAAGUCGACCUUUUUAUGGAGUGACGAGGCACAAACGGCUUUCGAAAAAUUGAAAGAGUUCUUGGGCGAGCUGCCCUUGUUGACAAAACCAGAACCCGGCGACGAGUUGGUGCUCUAUAUAUCUGUGGGUGCAGUAUCACUAAGUUCGGUGUUGUUACGAGAAGAAGGAGGUGUCCAAAAGCCAAUUUACUACACCAGUCGAGUUCUGCAGGGCGCUGAGACGAGAUAUUCUGAAAUCGAGAAAGCCGCCCUAACAUUGGUAAUAACGGCUAGAAAGCUAAGGCCAUAUUUCUUGAACCAUGUGGUGUUAGUGAGGACGAACUUUCAGCUAGGGGAGACACUGGGCCGGCCCACGGUAUCGGGUCGACUCGUCAAAUGGGCAGUCGAGCUGAGCGAAUAUUCGAUCAAAUACGAACCAAGACGAGCCAUAAAGGCCCAGGCCCUAGCAGAUUUCAUCCAAGAAGGUACCAAAGGAGAAGAAAAGAAAUGGGUUGCUCAUGUCGAUGCGUCGUCGGCGGCCAAAGGAUCGGGUCUUGGAAUC